UGAUGCCGUCGCUUCAAACGUAAAACGCUGUCUUUGUCGUAAACUAGUGGCAAGACAAAAUAAACAACAUAAACCAACUGCACGGACUUAAAGUCGUUAUAGAUUUACUUCAACAUCGACAGGAACGUAAUAUAUAUAUUGUUUUAAAAAAGUUCAAUGGCAGCUUCUUCUUCGUCCUCCUCUGCGGGAGGUGUGAGUGGCAGCUCGGUGACAGGCUCUGGAUUCAGUGCUUCAGAGCUCAUCCCUCCAAGAAAAGUCCUGUACACGUAUCCUAAAGGUGCAGGUGAAAUGAUGGAAGAUGGCUCUGACAGAUUUUUAUGCGAGUCCGUAUUCAGCUACCAAGUUGCCUCCACACUUAAACAGGUCAAACACGAUCAACAAGUGUCUCGAAUGGAAAAACUGGCGAGCUUGGUGGAGGAGCUGGAAGCAGAUGAGUGGCGGUACAAACCCAUUGAACAGCUGUUGGGAUUUACGCCGUCUUAAAUAGAAACACCCAGAUGCCUUUUCCAAAUUAAAGGAGAUGGUUUAUUUCAGUUCAUAAAUUAUAUUCCUUUUUGUAUGGUUUCAUUAUAUAUGAUGAGUGUAAAAUAUAUCUGGAGAUACUGAACGUGACAUGUAUUAUUUAAUCACUUUGACUAUUGUGUGAGUAGUUUUCUUUUUUUUUUAUAAACUAUGUUACUUUGCAUACUAUAAUAAAACCACUGUCAACAAAAA